CACACUUUAAGGGCUCAGCGUCCACCUGUGACGAAUGGUUCCCAUACUGGACAACACAGGACAGUCCCAUCACUGCGGAAAGUUCUGGUAGUCUGCUGGCCCACACAGGGGGCAGGUCUCAUGCGCAAGCCACUUUGGACAGCUCCGCCCCUCACUUCCUCUCUGCUCCUCUUUCUCAAAAUCCUGCAAAAGCAGCUCCUGCCAAGUGAGAGAAAGGCACAGGACCAGGUUUUCCAGGAAUUCAAGCUACAAUGGCAUGCCAAUAUGAUGGGUUGGAAAACGAAGACCCCAGAGAUUCCCAGCUGAGAAUUGUCCUAGUGGGUAAAACUGGAGUAGGAAAAAGUGCAACUGGGAACAGCAUCCUCGGAGAGAAAGUGUUUCGUUCCAGCCUGGCAGCUAAGUCCGUCACCAAGACCUGUGAGAAGCGCAGCAGCAGGUGGCAGGGAAGAGAGCUCAUCGUGGUGGAUACACCUGGAAUUUUUGACACAGAGGUGCCAGAUUUCGACACGUACAGGGAGAUCGCUCGGUGCAUCCUACUGACCUCCCCUGGGCCUCAUGCUCUGCUCCUGGUGGUCGCGCUGGGCCGUUACUGUAGGGAAGAGCAGGAGGCCACAAAGAAGGUCCUGACAAUGUUUGGAGACACGGCAAGAAGAUUCAUAGUUCUCGUUUUCACCAGGAAAGAUGACUUGGAAAACACUGACAUCCAUGAAUACCUGGAGGAUGAGCCAGGAGGCAUUCGGGAACUGGUGGACGAGUUCGGUGGCCGCUACUGUGCAUUGAACAACAGGGCAACGGGGGCUGAGCAGGAGGCCCAGAGGGAGCAGCUGCUGGCUCUGGUCCAGCGCGUGGUGAGGGAGAACCAAGGAGAAUGCUACACUAACAAGAUGUACCGGAGGUGA